AUGGUUGCUCUAACAAAGGUCCAUUCAUCAAAUGAAGCCAUUUCAAAGACACUUUUACCGGACAUAGUGGCUGUAUUUGUUGGUGCAACCAGCGGAAUCGGUAAAGCGGCCCUUCUUCACUUUGCACAGCACACCCGACAACCGCGCAUCUAUUUUGUUGGUCGCUCACAGCAAGCCGCCGAUGACAUUCUAAUACAGCUUAAGGGAUUCAAUGCGGAUGGCCAAUAUGAGUUCAUCAAAGCCGAUGUGAGUCUGCUUAAUGUUGUCGAUGAAGUCUGCUCGAAGAUCCGCAAGAAGGAGACACGGCUCGAUAUUUUAUUCCAAAGCCAAGGCACUCUGGACUUAAGCACCGAAACAACAGAGAAACUUUCUCUCAUUAUGGCUCUCGCCUACUACUCCCGCAUGCGCUUCAUCGCCAAUUUGCUUCCAAUGCUUCAACACUCGUCAUUCAGUCGAGUAGUGGUCGUUCUGGCAGGAACUAAAGAAGGACCUGUCAAUCCCAACGAUAUACCGGCAAAGAGAGUUUCACCCUGGAAAGCGCGCGGUCAUCUUUGUUCGAUGAUCACUCUGACGCUCGAACAUUUUGCAAAAGUAGCCCCUGAAGUAAGCUUUGUUCAUGAUUAUCCCGGAUUUGUGAACACGCCGCUUUCACAAUCGACGAAGGGGGUAACAGGGGCUAUUAUGAAAUCUCUUUUCCGGGUUACAAGUCUCUUCUCUACGAGAGAAUAUAUUUCACUCGACGAAACAGGUGAAAGACAUGUUUAUCUGGCGACGAGUGCGAGAUUUUCGUCAAAGAAACCGAUUCCUUUGCCAUUGCGGGAUAGUUCUAUACUGCUAGAUGAGGUAGAGAUCGCUAUUGGCAGUGAUGGAGCUGUUGGAAGUGGUGUCUACAUCGUGGAUGAGAAUUGUGAGAGUGGCGAUGCAAAUGUGCAGCGGAUUCUGACAGCUCUCAGACAAGAUCGAGUAGAUGUAAAGAUAUGGGAGCACCUGCAGAAAGAAUUUCUGAGGACCACUGGGAAGAAAUCAAUAAUGGGGGAGCAGUAA